UAAAUAUUUCUCUUGUCAUAUUGCAUUUAAAAGAAUGGAUACAGACGAAGGAACACAGUCCAAAGGACGUGACAUAGCAAUCUGGCCAAGUGAAGUUUCACAUUUUAUGCUAGAUUGCCUAUGUAAAAUCAAGAGAGAUGGGAAAAGUGGAGACAAUGGUCUCAAGAAACCAGUAUGGCAGGCUGUUACACUUUCUAUCAAUGAUAGAUUCCAGCUGAAAUUUGAAUGGGAGCAAGUGAGGAACCAUUACAGAAUUUGGAAAGCAAGACUGAGGGCCUUAUGUGAUCUCCAAAAAACUUCUGGGAUGGGUUGGAACGAAGCAGAAUCGAGAUUCGAUGCGCCCCAACAUUUUUGGAAUGAAUUGAAGAGAAAGGAACAAAGGUACUGGAAAGAGCACAGAGUCCUUUCGGUUCAUUUGGCAACAGCUGCAUGGUUAGGAAACAAAGUCGCUAAUGGGAAUGAUUCAAGUCACCCAUCUGAUGCUAUCCAUGAUGAUGCCUUUGCCAAUCCAGUCCCUCUUGAGGAAUUACAUGACUUGGAGGUUGAGCAGGAAGAAACAGUUUUUUUAUGA